UUGAAAUCGAAUCGUUAAAACUUUCGAUAAUUUCAAAAAAAAGUUGCAGGGCAGAAAUAAACUUCCCUUUCAUUAUUGUUAGGCUCAUAUAUUGGGCUAUUUUUGUAUGAUGAUGAUUUUCAAUUAACUCAUAGCAUAACAUCCAGUGAGUGAAUGAACAGAAAACCAUGGCAAACCAUCAACAACAAUCGAUGAAAAUAACUUUGAUCAUUUGGUUGAUUAUCAUUAUUUGUAAUAAAUCAUUAUUGAUUGAUGGCAGCAAUGAUGUUGGCUGGAAAAUGGUGAAUGGAAUUGCAAUGUCACCAUCAUCGAAUCAAAUGGAACUAUUUCGUUCUAAUCGUCAACCUAAUGAUACCAUUGAUGAUGAACCAUGUGAUACAACUGUUAAUCAAUGUAUGAAUUGGUGUGGCGAAAUUGUCAGACGACCAGGAAAAUGCCCCAAUGGACAAAUGUGUUGUUUAUUAAUUUAUUGAUUUGAUAAAUUGUUAUGUUUGUCAGUGUUGUUUUUGUUAAAUUG